AUGCCUCGGCCGGCAGCAUCGAACACACGGUCGUCGCGCAAGGCUCAAGGUCGCAAGGGUGACACGUGUGUCUACCACAACGGCUUCCAGUACACCAAGGGCUGGACCUCGAUGGUGAAGAUGAAGUUCCGGUGCAGCGUGUAUAGAAGCAUCGAGCCGCCGUACAAAGCGCUUCUUCACGUGUACGCCGCCGGUGGGUGUAAAGUGACGGGGGAACUCACAUGCGUUCAUCCGCAAGAUCCUGUAUCGGCAACGGACACUAUUGACGUGACGAAGGAGGUGCAGGAAAUGGUCGACACACUGUGCAUCCUAUGCCUCUUCGCCUGGCCCGUGCGACGACCAAGCAGGAUCAAAUUCAACGGCCCUGAGGAUGGCUUUAUCCGGAAUGGGUUGACGGACGAGCAAGUAUCCAGUCGACUCUAUCGCGUUCGACGCAAGCACUACGGGUCGCACCUGCUAGGCCUGGUCGAAGUUCCACCUUUCUCUAUGGCGGAGGGCAAGCCGCUAAGCUUCUUCCAGUGUCACCAGCCUCACCCCAGCAAGGACCCGAUCGCGAAGCCUCAACGAAUCAUAGGUUGGGUUCGCCCAGAGCUUCGUCAGCUUCUGAUGUAUCACAAUGUGUCCAUGUUCAUCGAUGGUACCUUUCGCUCGGUUCCAAGGGGCUUCAAGCAUGGCAUUAUCGUGAUGGUGCACGACCGCGCCAGCGAGCUGUACGUACCCCUGGUUUUCCGAAACACCUCUAAAAAACUUGCACCGAGUAAAAUUGUGUGCGACUUUGAGCAGCCAUUGAUCGAGGCAUCCCUAAAGCAGUUUAACAACGCAUUGAUCGUUGGCUGCCUGUUUCAGUGGAAACAAGCGGUGCGUCGUAGAAUGCAAAAGAAACUUCAUAUUCCGGAGGACGAAAUCAAGGUCGCAAUGGCCAAAGGCGUCCUCGACAUGCUCACGGUCAUCGAGCCUGAGCUAGUACCUGACAAGGGCAUCAAAUGGGUCAUGCGGGAAAUUCGGAUGCCUUGUGACGCGAAGGGCAUUUGGUACUCGCACCCCAAAUGGAAAGCAUUUUGGGGGCACUUCAGGGCGACGUGGCUUGAGCGCUACAACAUCGAGGAGUGGAAUGUACAUGGUGUGCAACACGAGUUGGUGGCGCGGACUAACAACCCUCUGGAACGUUUCCACAGGGAACUCAACAAGGCGUUCACAGACCACCCCAACAUCGUCACGUUCGUGUCUACCAUUCGGCGGAUUUCGCAGGACUAA